UAUAACCUCCCUCAUCCCUCCCUCCUCUGCCAUCGACCGCGGAUGACGAGGAGCAGGGGAGCCCUGGUUCUUGGAAUCUAGCUCGGCAAGCCAUCACGGGGGGGUCACCAGGGUCUCGAUCUCGACGAUCCGCCCUUCUUUGGCAACAGGGCUGCCCUUUACAACGCCCAAUCUGACAGGUCAACCACCCCAUCCAUCACACCGGAGAAAUGACAAGCUGCUCAGAGCGGCCCACGAACUCCCCCAACAACGAGCCAAACGCAACAGGACCUAGCCGGCUCCCCAAGGUUCAGCUAGCCAUGACGCUGCUCAAUGCAGAUCGUCGCACAAUCAAGCUAGGGUUCCUGUCGUGUCCCCCUCGUUCGUUUCGCCAAGCGCUGCAAGGGCGGAACAUUUCGCGGCUGAGACAUUGCUGAGGGAUCGACAAGACAACCCCCGGCGCCGACCAACCAGACGCGCAUUUGGCCGGCGACGAAUAUCAACUACCGGUAAAUACGGCCAUGGCGUUUGCCAUUAUCUGAGCAUCGUGCCCUGUUUGGGGUUGGCUGGACGUGCCAAAGUCUGGUCCUUUUUCCAGUCAACUUGUUCUCCUUUCCGCGUCUUCCUUUCUUUUUUCGUCCACGCCUGAAAGCCUCCUCUCUCCGCUACAGCCAGUCAGCAUCUCCGAGAAAGGCUG